AUGGUUCGUCAGGUGGAUGACGCCAUAAGGGCGCGUCGCAUCGACGACGGGGAUAUGCAAGUUGCAUUUGCCCAGUCAAAUCUGGCAGGACGUGCCAAGACUUGGGCACUGGGGCUCAAGUUGCACGACCCAUAUGCGUUUGGGUCGUUGGAAGUCUUCAAGUCGCGGGUCAGACAAACGUUUGAAACGCCUAGAGCUGAGUUCAGAGCUCGAACCGAACUCUUGAAGCUCAAGCAGGGUAAGCGUGAUGUGCACGCUUACGCGCAACAUAUACGACAUCUCACGAGUUGUAUAAGUUCCAAUCCGGUGGAUGAACACACGUUGGUUUCGGUGUUCAUGCAGGGUCUUGCGGAUGGUCCCGUCAAGACUCACCUGUUCCGGCUUGAACUAGAUUCACUAGAACAAGCCAUUUCCAUUGCGGAGCAGGAAGACUUCAGUCUGAGACAGGCUCGCGCCAGCUCGACAUCAUAUCGUCAACCGAGACGAUAUGACAACGGAGAUCCAGAGCCGAUGGAACUCUGUUAUGUAGAGAGAGAGAAGGCUCGCUCUACAGGCUACAAGAAGUUGCAGAGAUGCAACAGAUGUCAAAAGACAGGACACUACGCUUACGAGUGUAGUGACCCUCGUCCAGUGUCUCGCGACACUGGGCGUAGUGACCGUCCACCCAUGAGAAAGGGGCAGGGACGCGGGUCCGCUGUUGGUGCAAAGACGCAACAACGGGAUGGACCGUCAAAAAACGGACAGGAUCAGUAG